AGGACGGAGGGAGAGAGCGUCGCCGCUGUCCGUCCGAGUCUCUCCUUUCCCUCUUGGCCAGCGCGGAGCCGGCGCGAGAGCCAGUGUGGGGCAGAGCGGAGGAAGCGGACCGACGAAUCGUGUGAGAGAGGAGGAGGAGGGGGAGGCGGUCGACAGCUCUCCUCAGACCGCGCCUUGACUGCUACGAGCGCGUACAAGCUCGUCGCCCACAUCGACACACGCCAUCGAGCACCAAAGGCGGACCGUUGACCUCGUCCUCGGCCUCGCCUCCUCGCCUCACCCAUGGCGCACCUCCCGAUUCUCGUCGUCAACCCCAACACGACGCGCUCAAUGACAGACGGCGUCGAGCGAGCACUGAAUGGCAUCAUCGAGUCGAGCAAGUUCCCGCGCCCGACCUUCUUUACGGCUCCGACAGGCGUCGCCUCGAUCAACGACGACAAAGACUGCCACCACACUGCCGACGAAGUCCUCCCACACCUGCUCGCAACGUCCGGCCCCUCGACAACCUCCUCGUCCCUCUCGCUCGUCGACGCCCACUCGGCCAUCCUCAUCGCCUGCUACUCGGUCCACCCUCUCGUCCCGCUCCUCGCCGCCCAAUACGCGUCCCAGCCCGGCCCGACCCGCCCCGUCACGGGCAUCUUCGAGGCGUCCCUCGUCGCCUCGCUCGCGCUCCUCCACUCGCCCGACGACCGCUUCGGGAUCGUGACGACGGGCGCCGUCUGGGACGGCCUCCUGACGCGAGGCGUGCGCGACUUUCUCGCGUUGCGCGGCGGCGAGGGCGCGAGGACGGGCCGGUUCGCGGGCGUCGAGACGACGGGCUUGACGGCGGUCGAGCUGCACGACUUGCCGGCCGACGAGGUGGCGCGCAAGAUGAAGGAGGCCGUCAAGAGGCUGAUCGGGAGGGCGAGGGGCGACGACGGGAGCGGGCGAUUGAGGGCGGUGUGCUUGGGGUGCGCCGGGAUGGCUGGGCUCGACGCGACGGUGCGAGAGGCGUGCGUCGAGGAGCUCGGCGAGGUCGACGGCGCAAAGGUGCACAUUGUCGACGGCGUCAAGGCAGGGUACGCCCUGCUCGAGGGCAUGGUGCGGGCCGAGCUGUAGCGAGCGUCGGCGGCGUGCACGAACCUCGUCUCUCCCUCCCU